UGUUUAUUUUAAUCACAGCUCUUCCAAAAGUGGAAUUUGUGUCUCCUGAAAUCGACAAGUCUUGAUUGCACACAAAAAUGGCAUUGAUUAGGAAAAUCGUGGGUUCAAUCAAGCGUCGCCCUAUCAAACUGUGCAGUGCCUUCGUAGCUGCUCUUUUGAUUGUACUGUACGUCAAUGACGAUAAAUUGUUUGUGAAAACUUCUAGCCAUGUUGCUGGUGAAAAAAAAGACACUCCGGAUUCAGGCAAUGGCGAUCGUAAGCCUUUGCAAGAUAUCGAAACUUCGCACCAAGAUAUCAAACUUGCAUGUCAGAUUCCUGAGCUUGAACCUUUUUCUAAAGCUAUACAACGAUUCAUCAUUGAGCCCAAGCCCUUGCAGUGUAAAGGGAUCAUGAGAACCCAAAUUAACCAGCAAAAACUUGUCAUCAAGGAAUCAGAAUACAGGAAAAGGAACUACACAUCCUGCUAUGUGUCUACGAUCAACAGGGUGACAGAUAUAACAAGCAAAAUGUCUGCCCCAGUUAAGAUUGAUAUUGUUAAGUCUACCGGAGACAUCUUUGUGCAGGAUACAUCGACAGAUUUUUUGCUUGUCGGUUGUGUUGAUAGUCACACAAGUAGCGCAGAACGUAUGGCACUUGCACCAGCUAACAAGAGAAUGAACAUCUACAAAAGACAUUCUGGAGAUUUUGAUGUACAUGCUAGUAUAUUUCCUAAGCCAAUGGAACAAUUACAGGCCAAACAUUCCACGGAUGGGCUUGGCUUAAACGUCGUUUUGCUUAACAUAGAAAGCACUUCCCGAAUGAACUUUAUCCGAUUUCUUCCGAAAACUUCCAAACUACUUGAGACGUUAGGUACAAUAAUACUUAAAGGUUUUACCAUUGUUGGCGAUGGUACCGAUUGGAAUUUAGUUCCGAUGCUCACUGGUAAGACUGAAUAUGAAAUGCCAGAUACCACCAAAGGCAAUCCAAAUGCUUCUUUCGUGAACGUAUACCCGUUUAUCUGGAACGAGUAUGCUAAGUAUGGCUACGUGACCAUGUUUGCCGAGGAUACGACAGAAUUGGCAAUGUUUGACUAUAGAAGGAUAGGUUUUGAUAAACAACCAACAGAUCACUAUAUGAGACCCUAUUGGGAUUUCGUCAAACAGGCAGAUUGCGUAGGGCCGAGACCUGUUUUCAAAGUCACAUUGGACUACCUAACGGAUUAUAUGACCAAAUACAAACGUGUACCGCACUUCGCCUUGACAAUGCUCGCCAGUUUAACAUAUCGCAAUAUAAACGUUCUGAAGUAUAUGGAUGAUGACCUUUACAAGUUCUUCUCUAAUGCCAAGAAUAACGGUCUUCUCAAUAACACAAUGUUUGUCCUGUUUGGGGAUCAUGGAUCUCGUCAUUCUGCCAUUCGACAAUCUUAUCAAGGCAGGCUUGAAGAACGUCUUCCCUAUUUCUCUGUAACACUGCCAGACUGGGUGUAUCGUAAGUACCCUGACAUAUACACGACUCUCAAGAAGAAUACCGAACGAUUAAUGUCCCCCUUCGAUGUACACGAAACACUCAAAUCAGUACUACAUUAUAGCGGGACCCAACCAGGAGACGUGAAACAACGUGGGAUCAGCUUCUUCAGAGAGAUCCCAGCGGAGAGAACGUGUGCUGACGCCGAUAUUGCCGCCCACUGGUGCUCAUGCUUGACUUGGAAACCAGUAACUAAUGCUGAUCAGGCGCAGAAGCUGGCAGAAGUUUUAGUACAAAUCAUCAAUAACAAGACACAACUGUUCAGAAAUAAAUGUGCAAAACUUGAGCUCCAUGAGGUAUCACACGCUGUUAAGUUGCUAACUAACGACAAGGUCCUGACGUUUCAGCAGAAAGAUUGGAAGAGUUCUAACAAAUCAAGGCAAAUAUAUAACAAGAGACCAGUUGACGUCAGUGAGCUCCCGCCUCUUUUCCAGGUCACUGUUCACACAACGCCGAGCGACGCGAUCUUUGAAGGCACUUUAAGAAAACUUCCAGGAGGUACCACGCAAUCAUCUCCUUAUGAACUGGUUGGAGACAUCAGCCGCAUCAACAAGUAUGGUAACCACUCGGUUUGUAUCGUCGAAUCUGCCCCGCGGUUGGUGAAGUUUUGUUAUUGCGUGCAGGGGUGAGAUGCUGUUCCCAAACGGGAGCGUACUGAUGUUCCACAUGUUCCCAGUCCAUUAUAUUAAUUGUUCCCACAGAGUAAUCCUAACCCUAUCUCUAACUCUAUGUGGUCUGUGGAACAUAGGGACUGGAGAACAUAUGAACUAAGGGUAACUGUGGAACAUAGGGACUGGAGAAUGUGGUCUAUAGGGAUAGAUUGAUAGAUGGAUAGAUAGGUAGUUUAUUUAUUUUUUUUUACAUCCGUGGCCAACGGCCAAGUUACAGUUAAAAUUGCAAUUCAUAAAAAAGAGGGAACAUCACAAGGGCGGGUCCA